GCCUCGAUGAGGACCCUGGCCAUCGAUUGGGGGAGCACCGCUAUACGGCAGUCCAUCUACUUCAUGGACGAGCACCGAUCCGAAAUGAUAUCCAACCUCGAGGCUGGGUACAUCAACAUCUCAGGUAACGGGCCCGUUUACACCGGCGACGACGUGCCAGCGGCCUUACAGAUUCCGGCCAAGCUCGUUCUGGGCAAUGGCAGAGGCAUCGAAGAGAGCAACGCCUUGCUCACAGAGAUCAAUCGAAGACGAGGUAACGUCAACUUUGACAGAAGAUGCCAGGAAGGUCUGGAAAAGAUUGUCAAAGCGUUUUCUUCGCAAGUGCAAAAACGCUGCGAGAAGAGGAACGAUCCUCUCGAGAUCGUGGAAAUCGGCUUGACCAUCCCCGCUCACUGGACCCUCGAGGAGGAGGAAUCGUACUCUGAACUCAUCGGGAAGGUUUUCCCCAGGAAGUCUUGGAACAAUCGUCUGAAGUACAUCUACUUCAUGACGGAGAUCGAAGCAUUCGCCCAUUUCUUCUUCGACGAUGCAGAUGUUGUCGAUCGAUACAUGGGGGAUGAGCAAAACAACUACGUCAUGUUCCUCGACUUCGGAGGCCACAGCAUGAAUGGUUGCCUGUUCUACGUACGAAGGGCCGAGGAAAAGUUUGUGUUCAUGCGAGUCGAGGCACCAUUCGGUGUCGUGGGUGGUAGUGCGCAAUGGGAGGCCGCCGUCGGCGACUUCUGCACCAACAACGCCCUCUCAGGCUGGGGAUCCAGGAUUGUCGUCAAUCCGGAAGUCCGAAACGGGUUCCAGAAGAGGUUCCGGGAAGAGAUCAGAAUGCAUGAGUGCAACCGCUUCGAAGAGAUUGAGCUGCGCAUCAAGCCGCCCAGAGGAUACGCCGCGGGCGCCGGCGAUAUGUGGACAACGAUCAGCGCGCAACAGUCUGCCCAAUUUUUCAGAGAGGCCAUGGACAAACCGCUCAGGCGGGCAGAGACCGAAAUCAAGGAGCUGGCCGCUUUCAUGGGCCGUUAUGCGGACGUGGGGGUAAAGGUCGUCGUCUCGGGAGGCACUGCCAAGAAUGAGACUGUGCAGGGAAAGCUGAAAGGCUUCUGCCAAGACGUCGACCUCCCCCCGCCGAUUUUCGUCCAUCAGAACUUUGGUAGUAACGAGUCAUUCAAUAUUGCCAAAGGCGCAGCAUUGGCUACGGCACGUCGGAUGACGCUAAUGGAGUUUAUGGAGAACGGUGCCGCUUUUGGCAUUCAGAUGCUGCGAGGCUCGGGGAACCCGGAUCGACAAUGGGACGAGAACGCAUUUGUGGUCUUGGCUGACAAGGGUCGUUCGUGGAAGAGUGGGCGUCCAUAUGAGGUCAAGCUUUCUGGCGCUGAUAGACUCAAGAUCAUCUGCGAUCCCUUCUGGACCUCAGGUCCAAGAGGGAAAAAGCUAAGCUGCAGCAGAACAUACGACGUUCUCGACCUUCUUGUGCCUGAGAAGGGAACUUGGAAGCUCUCACUCUCCAUGGGACCAGACGAGAGAAGUCUUGUGUUACAGCAAUCGAUGGUCCCGGAGAGCGGUCUUGGUGUAAGGCCACCCCGGUCAACCGUCUUGAAGAUGGAAUUUCGUCGAUCUGAGGGUUGUUUCCUGGUUGAAGUCAACGAGGCAAUCGAGUCGUUGCAUGACGGUCUUGGCCUUAACGAAGACGGCACCUUUGUGGCUCUCACAAACGAGCUCGAGCAGGCCCUAAGAAGAACGAUCGAGCAAAGGCUGGCCACUAGUAUCAAAGACACCGUUGGACUCCGCCAGAAUAAACGUCGCUUUGGUGAUAUGACCGGAAACAGUGCUCGCAGGCGCUCCAUCGGGAAGACGAAACCGCAGUACACCCGUCUGCAGCCCAUCAAAGGUCCGCCUGCUCGUCGCCGUCCCGAAAGGCCUCAACGAGAUCUAGAGGAGGAAGAAGAAGAAGAAGAAAUAGAGUUUCUCAACCCAGCGUCUGACUCUGAGAGUUACCAUUCGGUGCCCACAACAAGAGAGUCGUCCAUCAGCUUAGGAGCAUUCACCCAGCUUUUAGGUGGCAAGGGACGGCUUCGACAGCAAUUCUAA